AUGCUUUAUUACAAAGAAUGGCCACUUGAAGUGCCAGGGUGUGCUGUAGAAGAAGUGGUGGUGGUUAUCAAGGGCCGGCCGGUGUGGCAGGUGCUGCGGCUGCUGAGCGACGGGCGGCUGCCGACGCCGCACCACCCGGGUCCCGCGGGCAGCCCCUCCUCGGCGCACCUGCAGGCCCGCGAGCUGCCGCCCAACCUGCACCAGGACCUGCUGGUGCGCACCGUCACCAUGACGCGGCCGCCCGACUCGGGCCACGGCUUCGGCAUCUGCGUCAAGGGCGGCAAGGACUCCGGGGUCGGGGUGUACAUCUCGCGGGUGGAGGAGGGCAGCAUCGCGGAGCGGGUGGGUCUGCGUCCCGGGGACACCAUCUUGGAGGUGAACGGCACCCCUUUCUCCGGCAUCUCGCACGAAGAGGCUCUCAAGAUGCUGAAGUCGUGCCGGCAGCUCAGCAUGACGGUGAAGAGCCCCAACCUGCCGCCGCCGCCGCCGCCUCCGCCGCCCCCCAUGGAGCGGCCGCAGCCCGCCAGCCCCUGGCUCGUGCGCCAGGCGUACUCGUGGAUCGACCGCCAGGGGCGGCCCGUGUCGCCGCCCCCGGAGUACGCGCGCGCCUCGCCGCCCCCGCCGCCGCCGCCCAACCCCCGCUACUACUGCCGCCCCGGCAAGGACAAGGGCGUGCGAAAGGUGGAGCUGAACAUCGAGCCCGGGCAGUCCCUGGGCCUGAUGAUCCGCGGCGGAGUGGAGUACAACCUGGGCAUCUUCAUCACGGGCGUGGACAAGGACUCCGUGGCCGACCGCGCCGGACUCAUGAUCGGGGACCAGAUCCUGGAGGUGAACGGCCAGUCGUUCCUGGAGGUGACGCACGACGAGGCGGUGAACCAGCUCAAGUUCCACAAGCGGAUGGCGCUGCUGGUGCGCGACGUGGGCAAGGUGCCGCACUCGUGCACGGCGUACGACGACCUGCCGUGGGAGGCGCAUAGCCCCGGGGGCGCGCGGCAGCAACGCUCGCCGGCGCUGCAGAUGGUGGAGGAGAAGGCGCGCGUCGUGCUGUCCAAGGUGGAGUUCGCCACGCUGGCCUACUACCAGGAGGAGUACGCGACGGGCCAGAUGACCGUCGAGGCCUUCCUCGCGGUUCUGCUGGAGCUGCUGCACACUCCGGAGAAGUAUACGCUGCUGACGGAGAUCCGCGAGCUGGUGGCGCCCGAGGACCGAGCGCGCUUCGACGAGCUGGUGUACCGGCGCGAGGCCGAGGGCCAGCGCUGCCGGGAGCUGCGAGACCUUCUGGGGCAGCGCGAGCAGGAGCGUCACCAGCACCCGGCGCCCCGGCCUGCGUCUGCGUCGGCGGCGGCGACGGCUGCGCGACCCUGCGACCUGCCCCAGGGCGGCCUCAGCUGCGACCCCUACCGGGAGCCCGAGGAGUUCCGCACCCCGAGCGAGGACUCGGGGGUGUGCCUGGGGCCCGAGCCCCCCGCCCCGGCACGCUGUGCUAGGGCUGGUGGAGGAGUUGCCGCUGACUGGCCCAGUUCCCCCGCCUCGUCGCACCUCGACAAGCGCACCUCUGACCUGGCGCUCUCCAACGACGAGGACUUGGACAGCUGUCACCAGGAGUACGGCGGCGGCGGCGGCGGCGGGGGCGGGGGCCGCCGCCACUCCAGCCCCGGGGGCAGUCGGCGCGCCAGCGGCGCCGGUCUGGACGCCUCAGCCUACGCCGCCGACGCCAACAUGGUAGAAACAGACUGA